UCGCGUUCGCGUUGAGGAGGUGGUGGCGUUGCCGUCGACACACAGCGACACCGCGACCAUCGAGCACCGCCGAGCCCGAGCCCGAGAGAGCCCGCAGCCCAGCGCCGCCGAUUGCGAUUGCCCGCCGAGUGCAUAAUCUGUUUCUGUUGAGUUGGUCAUGUUGCGCCGCGUUCGCCUUCGCCGAAGCCAAAGCCAAACGACGAGUACGAGAUGAAAAUUGGAUUAGUGUAACGUAACUGCUACUGCUACAUAUACGAGUAACUCGCAAGUGUCGUGCUACCGAUUUCCAUUUCACCUAUACCUAUAGCAUCGCUGGCUAAAUUUGCAAAAUUUUCCUCAUCGUCAGCUCACACUUUGGAGCCUUUCAAAUACCAACCGAAGCGACUCACCCUCUCGAACACAUCGUUAUCGAUACUUGUCGACGAAAAUCCAUUCGUUCUAACAACUAUUUUUCAAUUUUCAUCCGUAAUAAUAAUAUGAAUAAUAAUGGUCGCGUUCAGUUCACGUAUUGCGGUGCCCGAAUAAGUGCGAUAAAAUGAUUAAAUAUUGUCGUCGUUUUUGCGAAUAAUAAUCGAAAUCGAGUAUUUUGGUACCUACUUUCGCGAGUUCGUUCAGAGUUUUAUUUAUAUUUCUAUUUUCUUCCAUUUUUUUUUUAUUUUUAAUAAUAUUUAAUUUGUUGAAUCGUUCGAUCGUUCGUGUAUCUGCACAGUUUAUACGUGUUUGAUUCGCGUGUGUUUGAAUUUGCUGACAUCGUGUAUGCUGAAUUCAUCAUCCACUGCUCAAACUGACUACUCGCUGGAAGAAUUUUUGUUGUGUACUGACACCACUUUUUAUUUAAAGGUGGCGGAAAUAAAGUGAUGAGUGCGGUGGACAGCUCGCCGGCGUGGUACUCUAGCAGCUACUACCCGCGAGUUGGAUCACUACCGUUCCUGCCAAAUGCUAAUUCGGUGAAAACUUUUGCGGACAAUAUGCGAGAAAAAGAUUCGAGCCCUAGAAAAAUGGUGCUAUGUUCUAGUGGCGGUGGCGGAGGAGGCCACGGCGGCCACGGUGGCCACAAUUCCCCCAAGCAAGGCUCCAUUUACCCGUUGAGCAUCUCGGAGCACCCGAUGAGCGCCAGCAGCCGAAACGAACACCACAAUCAUCAUCACCAUCACGACGACGACGACGAAGACGACGACUGCGACAUGCCGUUCGACUUGUCGCGAAAUUCGCGCCUAAUAAUGCCCCGCAUGUCGCCGGCGAACAGCAAAUCGUCGUUGGAGAAAUACGACGACGGUGGAGGAGGCGGAGGCGGAGGAGGCGGCGGCUGCGCCGAAAAAGACGAAAACCAACCCUUAGAUCUCAGGCUCGAAUUUAAGAAAUCAAACUACACCAAAAGGUACAGCGCCGAGGACGAGAAUCGAAACAUCAUCUCGAGAUCGCCGUCGCCGACCGAUACAGCGACCAGUUGCUCGCCUAGGGCCAAAGACGAUUCGGAUCGCAUGAUUAGCACUACGUUGCUGACGGCUUCGGCCGCAGAUACCAAGCAGUCGCAGAUGCAGCAUCAGCAACAGCCACCACCGCCGCAGCCGCCGCCGCCGCCGCCGGUCGUCUCACCUUAUAGAAUUUUGUUUCCUCAUCAACCUAUUCAUCCAUUUAUGAUAGAGGCUUUGUGUUCCGACGAUAAACUUUCUCGUUUACCGCUUCAUUAUUCUAGUUACCCGCAUCACAGUACCUAUCAUUUUUUAAAUACGUCAAACUUGUUGAACGGUAACCACCAAGUUCCGUCACCUUCUUCGUUCGAUCUCAUGAGGACGUCGCAGAAUUCGGCGUCUCGUUGCGGCGCCGGCGCCUCCAGCAACGGCAACGGAGGAUCCGGCAUCACCAAUGGUGGUGGCGGUGGCGGUGGCGGCGGCAACAACAACAACAACAGCAUCUCAUCCGGUGGUUCGGCCGUCGCCAGCCUUCUCAACGGUUCCGGCCGAGGAGGCAGCGAGUCCGUCUCCGUGUCCAGCAACGGCACCAUCAAGACCAAGGAUCGGUACGCGUGCAAAUUCUGCGGCAAAGUGUUCCCUCGUUCGGCCAACCUGACCAGACAUCUGCGCACGCAUACCGGCGAACAACCCUACAAGUGCAAGUACUGCGAGCGUUCCUUCAGCAUAUCGUCGAAUCUGCAACGGCACGUCCGCAACAUACACAACAAAGAGAAGCCGUUCAAAUGCCCUCUGUGCAGUCGUUGCUUCGGCCAGCAAACGAAUCUGGAUCGGCAUCUGAAGAAGCACGACGCCGACGGGCCCACCAUCCUGGACGACCGAGUCCUGUCUUCGGACGAAAGGAGCACCUCGUCGCAGCAUUUGGCGCUGACCACGUCGUCGCUUCGCAAGCACGCCGCCGCCGCAGCCGCAGCAGCAGCCGCGGUGGCCGGCGCCAACGCUCUCAGAUCGGCCAACGAGUCGUACUUCGAAGAGAUACGAUCGUUUAUGGGCAAAGUCAGCGAAGACGGUAACAAAUUCGUGCAGAAAAAAUUCGUCAACAGCAACAACAACGGCAACUCUGCCGCCGCUGCCGCAGCCGCUGCUGCCAGCAAUGACGCUGAUUACUCCUCGUUAAAAUCUACGUCCGGUUCGCCCGACAAUCUAUGUAAUUACUCGCACGCAGAGCAACGCCGCGGUAGUCUAGACUGCUCCAACCACGAAAAGGAUAAUAAUUUUUCUUCCGAUUCGUCAAUGGGCGCUAGCGUACGAUCUCCUCAAUCUCAGGCUUCUUCGCUGCAACGCAAUGAAUGAUCAUUCUCACAUAUCGGUUUCGGUAUAGCCUUCAAAUUUACCGCCUUCCGCCCUUACCCCCGGUACCGCGGCCGCGGUGCAAUGCAGUGGCAUCGAGUUAAGUACAUACUACUACGAGUACCUACGUACUUUAAAUUAGGUAGCCAGGUACUUCGUUGCUACCACGUAUAUCUACGUAGUACUCGUACGUAUUACCAACUGGAUUCGAAUACACAACACAGGCGGCGAAUUAUACCACCAUCGUAUUUAUAUUUCACCCAGUCCGCGAUAUCAACAUUACCUACAAUAAUGUUUCGUGUGUAUUACAUACAAUCGUGUAGUUCAUCUUCUAAAUGCUUUAAUGCAUUAUAAUACGACUAACAUCAGUAUACCUAAACCUAAUGAGGUACGUACCAUAAUCUUUUACGAGUAUUCGACCACGUGAUACGUAAUUUCAAAAAAUUAAUAGUGAAAUAGGUUUGUAGGUUCUGGGUAGGUAGGUAUUUUCCCCUUUCCUCUAUUCCCAUAUCUCUCUCACCGGUGGGUAUCGAGAAUUCUUCGCCAGUGAUUCGGAGAGGUUUGAAUCCACGAUUGAAAUCUUUGUUGGACGAACUUCAUUUUCGACCACAAUGUCACAGUCAGUGGAAAAGUAAAAUUUGCUACUCUGCUUACUCACUGUAGGAUGUCUUUUAUUUUCAAAAUUUUUCGCACUUCCACCAAAGUUGUUGGAUUUUAUGAAGAAAUAAUCUUUUGUUUUUGGAUCUCCCCCCCCCCCCCCGAAUGAAAAAAUUUAAAAAUAAGAUAAAUUAAAUUUUCCUAUUUCUGGGUCAAAAAUUAUUCUUUACCACAAUCUCUUUUUCAAUUUAAAAAAAAAAAACAAAAAAAACGAACAAACAAAUAAAAACUGUCCUUGCCCCCCUUCCAACAAUUUUGAUCUUUUUGUAUGAAGGUUUCCAAAGUUGAAAAAAAAAAGAAAAGAAAAAUCAAACUCUAAAAUUUUUUGGAAAACUGGUCAAAAUCCUUUUGAAUGCCUAACCUUUGUUUUCGAGAAAAAACCCACCUCAAAUCUCCAAAUAAUUUUUAAAAGUCGAUAAUAUUUUUAAAAAAUUCUGCAUCAAAAUUCUUCUCUAGUAAUCUCUUUUCCAAAAAAACCGUCAUCGCUCUCUACUCUAUACUUGAAAAAAUUGAAUUCUCAAAAAAAAAUGAAAAUAUCCACCUCCCCCAUUUCAAGAAAAAACCCUAAGUAGGAAUAUCUCAGUCCCACAAAAAUAUUUACUUUAAAAGCUUUACAUAAGUUGUAAGAAAAUAGUAAUUUUUAAAAAAAUUUCAAUAUCUUUGGUACAAUUUUUCUGAAGAUACUCAUUUACUUCAAGAAUCUCUCUUGGUUCCCCACCCUCAUCAGUAGGUAUGAAAAAAUUAAAAAACGAAACAAAUAUAAUUAUCAUUAAAAGUCGUCAAUGUUUUCCAUUUUCAAUUUCUAUAUCAGAAUUCUUCGUUAUGACCCAGCAUAUCUAGCCGAUUAUUUUUUUAGAGAUUUAAGAGACCCAAGUUUCACUUUCUCAUCAUCUGAAGAGAAAGGGCGUCAAAACUAUUGAAUAGUGUUUUUAUGAUGAACACAAAUCAUCAACUACCAGAUCCAUGAAUGUAAAGGCAUGAAAAUUCGAACUUUUUGGAUUUUUCUCAGGCAGAAAAUUCAUUUUCGUCUUAUGUACCUUACUUAUAAUUAAUACUGAAUCUUCAAAUUCAAAUUCUUGACAAAUUUUGGGUAUUUUUUUCAAGAUUGGAAAUUUUUCCAAAAAUGAGAAAAAAUCAAAAUCUACCAAACUGAUCUAGAAAGGUAAAAUUUGGAAUGUGCCUUAUUUUUAACUCUUCAAAUCAAUUGAAAAUGGUUUCGAACUAUUUUGAGCAGUUUUAAAGUAGGUUUUUUAAAAUUGAAAUGUAUCUAUACAAAAUCUUACCCAAUGAAGUUGGAAUGCUGAAAACAACUUUGAAAUUUUUAAAAAUACAAAAGGUAAAAAAAUGUUAAAUUAAUUUUUUUGGAAAACUGCUGUAGGUAUAAUUAGUCAAAUGGAUUAUUGAAAUUCAAUCAAAUACGGAAGUUCUUUUUGACAGAUUUUAUGGCAUUUUCAAGAACACUGAAAUGACUGGGCAUGUACAAAAUGCAGCAUAAUUUGAAUUUUAGCUGUUUUCCUCAAACGACAUGGGAACAGAGAAUAUUUCACAUUUUCGAUGAUAAAAUUUCUAGAAAAGUAGGUAGUACGGUUCCGAACUUGGUUGGAUCUGAUUUUGGAAAAAUGAUAUACUCGUAUGACCGCUAAAGCAAUUUUAAGUUGAUUUGGAGGUGUUUUUUUUGGCAUUUUUCGAAAAUCUGAAAUUUUUAAAAUACUCAGAGCAACGUAAAUACAAAUUUCAAUUUACUCGGAAUGUUAAAAAUUGGGAUAUAAAGUAGAUUUUAGAAAACUUUCCAUUCUCAUAGUGUAAAUUUUUUUGGAAAUUUCAAAUUUCAAAAAUAUGCUGGAAGCUCUAGAACUACUCAAAGCAUUUUGAAACAUUUUCCAUUGAUUUGAAAAAGUAGACGUACUCAAUUUUUAGAUUUCUAAAAAAAAUUCAAAAAAUCUCAAUUUUUUUCCAUUUUUGAUUCAAAUUUGUUUAUCAAAAAUUCACCAGAAAUCGAAAAUGACUCCCCUUGCAACACCGUUCACCCUCCCUCUACGGAAGAUCUGAGAACAGUGUGUUUUGACUCCCAUAAUCACUUUUUCAAAGUCUUUCAAAAAAUGAAACAUGGAAUCCCCUUCUCAUCCCUUCAAGAAAUAAUCCAAAAUCAAAACGUAUGCAGGUGCAUGAAAUUCAAAUUCUACGACCCAAUGCCAAAAGCACUUACUCUUUAGAACUCAUCGUAAUUUUGUCAAAAUUUUCAAUAAUUCAGCAUAGAACUUCCUCCUUCCUCCACACAAUAAGAUCUGGGUGUAAAAUAAAUGCAAAAUUCAAAUUCUAAGACCCAAAAAAACCUAUGCUUUGAUAUUAAUUAAUUAUUAUGAUUUCCUUAAAACUUUUAAAUUGAGCCCAGAACUUCCCCCUCUCCAAAAAAAGUUACCUAGAGCUAAAACAGGCAUGAAAUUCGAAUUCUACGACCCAAAAAACCUACAUAUCGACACUCGACACGAUUUUUCCGAAUUUUUUUGAAAUUUUGGGGGCACCACGUCCACUUAGGGGGGAGAUGGGACUAAACUAACAUCAAAUUUGAAUUCUACGUCAAAAAAUAGUCAGAAUCGCACCCUUUUCACGUUGAAAACGCUUGAAAUGGCGAAAUAAAGUGGAAAAAAUAAAUUCAUAUUUUUGGAGACUUGAACGCUGGAUCAAGAGCUAAGUCGAAUUUUCUCAAUUUUUUUUUCUUCUCUCAUUUCGACAUUUCAAUCGUUUUCAGCUUGAAAAGUAUGGAUUUCCGGCUAAUUUUCGACGCUGAAUUCAAUUUUGAUAUUAUUUCAGUCAUUGGCUCCCCUGGUGUGGAGGUACUGCCCCCACAAUUUGAAAAAAUGUCGAAAAAAUCGUGUUUGAUGUCGAUUUUAUAGGUUUUUUGAGGCGUAGAAUUCAAAUUUCAAGUCAGUUUCACUUUUAGAAUAUUUUUUGGAGAACUAGAGAUUGUGCUCCUUUUCAAAAUUUCCAAAAAAAUGAUGAUGGUGCCAAAGUACCGGUUUUCGGAGUCGUAGAUUUGAAAUUUCACUUUUAUUUUGCUGCCAGAUCCUACGUUAUGGACUAAGGAUGUGUCCAUUUAAUUUUUAGCAGAUUUUCUGAUAACUCACGUAUACCUACUUGUAAGUACACUGACUUUUCAUGUUACGUGCGUAGGUCUUGGUACAUAAGAGGUAAUAUGCGAGUAUGUAUUCGAGAUCUACGUGCCUGAUCUCAAUUCUAAAUGAACAUCGAACGCGUACCCAGCAUCAUACUCGUAUUACGAACCGUACGUACGAUGCUCUGCGAUGACUGGCUGGAGCUGGACGAUUGAUUAGCCAUUUGUUGCGUAUUGUACGGCGCAUCAAGUAGGUCUAAAUUAAUAUUUUCUAGCCGAAUAUUUACGCAUUGUACUCGAGAUAGGUACUUAAAAAAUAGGAUACUAAUUUGCGUAGGUAUUAUUUUGAUUUUGCGAUUAGCUGUGUUGCUGAUACAUUACCAACUGUGUGUGUGUUUGUGUGUGAGCUGUAGCUGGCGUUUUUUAUAAUGUCAUUGCUUAUUUUCACUUUCACGUAUCGUCGGCACUUGCUUGAAACAAGAUCGACAGCCUGAGGGAGGAUUUUAAAUACGUCCUCGCGUACGAAUACGUCCGUCCGUCCGUUGUAACAGCGAAAGUUCUUUAGGGUACAAGAAUAGGCUACAUAUAUGAAGAGUACAUACAUGUAUUCGAAACGUAGGCGGUCAUGUCGACGCAUAAGCGAUUGUCUUGCUUAUCUUUUCACUGCCUACUUACCUACUAAGUACCUGGCUCGAGUGUCUUUUUUAAUGAUUUUACGCGUUCAAGGGUCUAUAAUUAACUUCGAGCUUCUGGUUGCCUAUUUAAAAAAAAGUUAAAUCUGCCUUUCCCACCUCUCCUAACAACCCUUUUAAUAUUGAAAGAUGCAUUCUGAUCACCAAUUUAAGUGAUCGACGUUUGAACUCCUCUAUCUCUCUAUCUCUCUCUCUUUUUCACACUGAUGUUUUGUCUAAUGUCCAUUUUCUUUCUUUUUCUCCCGCGAAGAAAAAAUUAAUAUUUUUGUAAAUUUAUACGAAUAUCGCGCCUAUCACCUAAUUAUUAUUAAUGUAAUAUUUCUAGUCAAAUCAAUUAGGAAAAUUGUUCUUAUUUUUUCGGUUAAAUGUGUAUAUUAUCGUUAUUUGGUAUAUUAUUUGCGUAGUAGGCGUUAUGAUUCUAGCUAAUUACGUAAACUUUAAAUUUAUAAUUUUUAUUUGAGAAUAUUGAUGUAAGUAUUUUGAGAUGAGCUUUAUGCGAUUUGUUGUAGUAACGAGAUCUUUAAUAUUUGUUUCUUGUUCGUUUGUUUCGUUUCUCUCGAUAAACUUUUAGGAGCACGCUUGUGCAAAAAAUUAUUUUCCACUCUGUACUCGUUAAGUUUAUACGUAAUUUUAAGCGCUUAGAUCGGCAGCGUUGUAAUUUUGCAACCGAACAGUCGAUAAAAUCGUUUGUUUGGAGUAAUUUUCUUUUCAUUUGGUAAAUUUUCCGAUUCUUAUAGCUGCUCCCAAAGAACUUGGUUACCUAUUUCACGCAAUCAAAAAUCAGAUAGUUUGAGAUAAUCGACGGUUAAUGAGCUGAUAAAGGUGCGCAGCUCUUCUUAAUUCGUUCAUUAAUUUAAAAUACUUUCGUUCGAUGAGGGGGGGGGGGGGGAGGAAGAAAAAAUACAAACGGAUUCCAACGUUUGAAAAUUGGAAUAAAAAUAUCUAUCGAAUAGUUACCUAUCUACCUACCAACCUACUUACCUAUCUUGAUCCGUAUAAUCGUCCUGUCAUAUAAAUACUAGGUACCUACGUAUUAGAAGGGGGGGAAUUGUUGUUCGUUAUUGCGAGAAACACAUCUGCAGUAAAAGUACCUUCGUCGUAAUAUAUUGUUGAAACGAUUGUAUCAAAAAUAAAUGUAAUUGUACGUACUCUACCUAUGCUAUAUUAUCUCGAUAAGACGUGAUUUAAGGAAAAUGUUACCUUUCUUUUUUGUUUCUUGUUUUUUUUUUGCUUUUGUUUUGUUUUGUUUUUCUCUGUUCUUUUCCAAAUUGUACUUAGGCAAUUUUUAUUUAACUAUUUUUAUCAGCUGUACAACUCUUGUAUUAUGUUAACCGAAACAAAAAGCCUACCAAAUAAUUCUGCCAUCAAAUUGUGUCCAUGUUGGAAGAGAAUUUUAAAUAUCUACGUAUACUUAUGUCCAAGUUGUUUUUUUCUUUUGUUUUCUUUUUUCGUAUAAAUAACUUAAGUAGCCCUACCUAUACUAAGUGUAGUAAAAGUACCUACUGUUUUUCACACCGAUGUACCUACCUAUAUACUGCGACACGAAUAAUGUUUCAUUGAUUUGAGCAUUCCUAUUAUAAUAAAUACCUAUACGUAUGUGUAUAUGAAAUACGAAUUACCAAAUAAGUAGAUAUAUAUUACUUAGAUGCAAUUGUGAGCUUUCUUUUGCGGUUGUUACCAAGAUUGAUUAAUAGGUUGAAUGAUGGUUUCGGCGCUGCUCAAAUCAAUCGAACAUACGGUACUUAUUAUUAAGUAUAAUAGUCUUUGAUUUUGUUGUGUUUUUUUCCCCGUGUGUAGUUUAUAGUUUCUUUUAUUUCUUUCUUUCUUCCGUUUUAUUUCUCUAUUUUUUUUCUUUGUUUUUCCUUAAAUUAAGGAAAUAAAAAAACAUUCUGUCAAA